GUGAAACCGCGGAGGCGCGCUUUCGGGACGCGUGGGUUGCGCCCUCCUCAAGCACCGCGGAGUGUGAUGAAACCGCACAGGCCCGCACACGAAACGUUACCACAAGACACAGCUGUGUUUUGGUGACAGUGGUGACAGUGGGGGAGGGCAUGUGACUACGUUCCUGUAUUCACAGCCCAUUCCCACGCAGACCACCAGCCCUGAUGCUCCAGUCUCGUGGGGGCGAACCGCUUUCCCAUUUCCAGCUUUCUCGCUUUCUCCUCUGACACUGAUUGACACUGAUUGCGCUGCGCUCACCGUGAGACUACUCCCUGACGUCACAGCCCGUUCCUCCCACUCAGACUCCGCCCAUCCCGGUACUCUCCGCGUGCGGCACGGACGCACCGGGGACUGAGGUGUUCGCGGCGGCGGAGUUCACUUCCUUUUUCUUGUCACCUCCGUCGCACCUUCCAAUAUUUGGCAGCGGACAUUCGUUUGCGACUCUUCCAGGGAGACACGUCCACUGUGACUGCGGCUGCUUCUGCUGCUUCUUUACUGUGGACUACGAGAGGAGUACCUGGAAGGACGCGCUUCUUCCGGACGGACUAAAUCCCAAGACGCCUGAGGUCGACAUGGCUUCAGCUUUGGAGCUUUUGACCGCGUUGGCUCUCGCCGCCUUUCUCUGUAAUGCAGAACGUCUUCCUCCACCUACAAAGCUGUCUUAUGAGUGGCUCGACACAUUUACCGUGAACGUGUCCUGGUCCUGGAAGAGGCCCAGCAACCUGCCAGAAAGCUGCAACAUCAAGUUUAAAUACUGGAGGGAGCCCGCGACCUUGCUGGAAAGAAGACUCACCCCAUGGAACUACUUCACAGAAAAAUGCCUCACAGAAGAAAACCAGUCCAGUGACUGUAACUACACCAUCAAGGCCACUAACGCCUCGCCCUGCGACGGCUGGACCGACAGCCGACCCGUGAACCCAGCGGUUUUCACCCCAAAGCCGCGAGCCGAAGUGGUGAAGGGCUUCAAAUGUCUCUUUGAAGCCGGGGGGAUGAACUGCUCCUGGACCCGGGUCGAUCCGUCUCAUGAGCUGAACCUUUCCUACAGGGUGUGUGGACAGGCUAAGGAACUGAAAGGAUGUGAUGGAUUUUACACAAGUGCAGCGAAGGAAGGUUGUUACUUCAGCGUUGGUGACGACACUGACAUCUGCGUCCACGCUGCCACGGAGGCCGGGGCCAUGACCUUUAAGGCCGUGCAAGGGUUGCAUCCGCCGAAGCUGAGCGUCGCCGAGCACGGGCAGAGCCUCCACCUGAGCUGGCCGCCGCCGGAGGUGGGGAAGGCCUGCGUCUGGAUACACGAGUUCUGCUUCACCGAGUGCGCUGAGGAAAAGGAGCGCUCUCACGUUCCUGAUGCGCGCACGUGCCGGAACAUCACCAGAGAGGGGGGCGUGUUCAAGGCGCAGGUCCCGUACGACAAGAACUGCCGUUACGAGUUCUGGUCCCGAGUCCUCACAGACAAGUACUGCCCACAAUUAUCCAGCGACUUCGGCGCUUCUGUUGUUUUCGGUGUCAACGUGCCUACCAACAGGAUGCAGACGGUGGCUGCCAUCAUCGUCCCCCUCAUCCUCUCCGUCUCCGUGCUCCUGGCCUGCUACUGUUUCAGGAGGCACAGUCACAUCAUUUUCCCCACCGUACCGAAUCCCAGAGUCAUUCUAAAGGAGAUGAUGAACGGGAACAAAGAGCUUAAGUUCCCAGCGGGGGACGUGUACAUGCCGGAGGCGGAGUACACUGAUUCCUUAAAACUUGUACAGGAGAACUCUGACCCAGGACAAAAGCUCUGACGCAGCAACUGCAGGGACCUAAUACACAGACGGAACUGGACUAAAAGACUGGAUCUUGUAUAUUUACAGAGUAACUUGACCGACGGGCUGGGAAUCGCCUCUUCCAGGUGAACAUGUGUCUGGAGCAGGCGUCGCUGCUGACCAGAGUGCAGUUCGGGAUCUCGGCUGCGGCCCAGCGAGGGCUCCGGCCCCAGCGAUGGAGCGAUGGAGUCGCUCCGGAGGCCUCGGCACUCGGCGCUCGACCUCGAUGCGCUCAAGGCCGCGGCGCACCUGCGAGCGCCCGGACGAGUGCAGGAGUAAAAGAGGCGGCGCUGGUCGGCGGCAGGCGCUGUUUACAGGAGCGAUGAGGCGCCCGCGGAGUUAGCGCCUCCGCUAGCGGACAGGAAGUGGCGCUCCUGACCUCCUCCACGCGUCCACCCGCGAAUGAGGAAAGGAAACAAAAGCUUGUUUGUCUGGUUGUGGGGUUGUGGCUGCAGACGUAGCCUUCUAAGGAAGCGAACUACUCAGGGCCCAGACUCGUCGCGAGUCUGUGCGUCGCUGUGACCUGGAGAACGACCUGCACGAAUGUUACUGAUGAUGUCAAAUGACUUUAGAUAUUUUGGAUGAAGAUGAUAUUUGUACAAAGUCUUGUUGAAAUGUGAUCUGAGUGUAUUUUUCAACCCUUCUAUGCAUCAUCAGAGUGAUAAAGAACAGUGGGGCUUUAUCUGAGGAUACAGUAUGUGAACUCGUUAAAACUUGGCCUCGCUCGUUAUCCUGCUCUUUUUGUUAAUGUUUUCAUCUGUUUUCUUUAAAAACGCCUUCACUGCGACACCCUUCCUUCCUUAGGUUUUGGUUGGUCAGCUUUGCACUCAGUCGUGUUUGUUCUCUGUGUUUGUUUUAAAGGUCCAUGCACACGCUUUUCUUCCAUGCCAAAUAAUGCAAAAAAAUAAACCUUGAUGUCUCAAUAA